AUGACUGCAACGCAGCGCGCCUUUCAAGCGGCGAUGAUUGAUUUCAAGGACAAGCUCAAAGGCCAUAGUUUCUACGACCAAAUUAUCCAAACGACUAGCAUCGAGCAAGUCCACCAGGAUAUCGAGAAGCUUCAAGACAAGCAGGCUAAAUCCGGUCGCCUUCGUCAUCUAUCCAAGAUUGAACCGUUUCUAGCUCGACUUCGCGAAUACAGUAGUGUUGUGGAAACGUUCGUGCAGGCCAAGCCCGAUAUCCUCGCGCUGCUAUGGGGCCCGAUCAAGCUCCUAUUGCUAUGGGCCGAUGUUCUGAAACAGUCUUCUGAUGCUCUUAUUAAUGCACUUGAAGAAAUUGGCAAUGCUCUGCCCGACUUUUGCGAACUGGCCGAAAUGUUCGCCGAUAACAAUCGUCUGCAGGAACUGUUGGUGCUGUAUUUCCGCGAUAUUCUCCAGUUCUACUUGAUUUCUGCCAAAUUCUUCGGCAUGCGCCGUCUCAAAGUUGUGUUUGAGAUGUUCUGGCCAAGCCACAGAGACAAAAUACAGGUCGUGGUAAGACACAUGGCAAGCCAUCGCGACCUCAUCCGAAAGGAAGUUUGUAUGGAGGAGAUACGCAGGGCAGACGAAAUGCGUGAUCGGGAAUUACAGCAUUUCAUACAGACGGAGGAGAACAACAUCGCACAGGAACAUGCGAGUCAUCGAGCACAUAUCUCGCCUAAGAGCUACGAUGGCGACCUUUAUCGGUUCAGCGAGGCGCUUUGUGACGGCACUGGAAAAUGGCUGUAUAAAGAUGCCUCAUUCCAGAGGUGGCUUACCGGUGAAGAGAAAUCAAAGCCCACUCUAUGGCUGCGAGGUAUUCCAGGAGCCGGUAAAACACUGCUGGCAAGUAGCGUGAUUAAGCAUACUCAGCAAUUGCCCGGUGCCCAUACUGGAUUCGCAUUUCUCACAUACCGCGACAGUAGCAUUUCUGCACUCUCUAUCCUCCAUUCACUCAUAUUCCAACUGACCUCUACCUCUCUCUCCUUGAAAACAAUGAUAUGUCAGUCGGAAUUGCAACAUCUGGGAAGUGAUUUCAAUGUCGCUUCAGCUCUGUUUAAAUCGCUCAUUCAGAGCGCAGGUACUGUAUAUCUCAUCAUAGACGGCUUGGAUGAGAUAAAUUCUAAAGAACACUCAAGACUGAUAAAAGCGCUUAUGAGUCUGAGUAGAGAAUGUGAAGAGUGCCACAUCAUGCUCACGAGCCGUAACGACAGUGACAUUUUGGACAAUUUGGACGGCAAUGCUAUAGAUAUAGAGGUGGACAAGAAUAACGCUAGCAGUAUUCAAGUUUUCAUCAACCAAACCAUGAGAGAAUGGUUCAAAGACAGGAGCUUCGUUUCAGACGUUCGAGACCAGCUUCAAGGAUGGGCUGCAUCACUAGCAUAUCGAGCACAAGGAAUGUUUCUUUAUGUCAAGGUUAUCUUCCGAAUGAUAUAUUAUGUCAACGACAUCGCAGACAUAAAAGCUCAACUCGAGAAUCUCCCAUCUUCUCUCGAUGAUGCAAUUUUACACGAAAUUAAUGCGUGUUCAGAUCCCCAAAGAAGAACCCUUGCUCGCUCGAUACUUGGCUGGGUGGGAUGCGCCCCAUCACCGAUGACACUGAAAGAAAUAGAACAGCUAUUGCUUGUUGACCCUGAUUGUCCUUACAAGCCACCGAAAGUUCAAGCGAAAGUCAACGUUUUACGGAUAUGCGGUCCAAUCGUAGAUAUAGUCGACGGCUAUGUUCAAUUCGUGCAUUUUACGGUUCAAGAAUACAUCUUCGACACCAAGAUUAAAAACUCAAUUUCUCUCUCUGAGAUGGCACUUGACUUGGCUGUUCGCUGCGUGGUGUAUAUUUGCCAGGACCACCAUGACUUAGACCUUACAGACCAUGAGAUUGAUGCCAACAUACUUUGGGGGGCAUAUCGCUUGCAUCACUUCUCAUCGAGCUUCUGGCUUUACUUAAUCCACAAAUAUUUACUCUUAUCUCACUCGACUACUAUGCCCGACACUCUUAUCGAACAACUGAAACUCCUUCUCGAGACACGCUCAUCAGAUCGUUACACUGAGACUGAUCAAAGCGAAAGUUGCCUACACUCAGCCAUUCUUGCCCUGGAGUGUCAGGAGCCUGCCUUGGUAGGUAUGCUAAAGAGCUGUACUAAGUUUCAGACAUCGUUGCUCAAGUCAGACUUUGAGCUCAAUGAUUCAGAGCAGUGGUUUCACACUAGCCCGCUGUUCGUUCCCAAAUUCUCAAUUUCGCUCCAUAAGCGGCUCGAUAGCCUCGUUAAUAAAGGACAAUCGAUUGUUGAAUUGCUCUCUUACCAUUAUGGCCCUAGGUACUACAAAUGCGGGUUUUUGGGCUGCCACUAUCGGCGCUAUGGUUUUGAGACAAAGGCAAGUCGUCAAGCUCACGAAAAGCAUCAUCAGAAGCCCUGGACAUGUAACUACCCAGACUGCCGGUACUUUUCCAGGGGGUUCGUCUCGCGCAGGAUGAGAGAUAACCAUCUGAAACACGGCCAUACAAAUGUUGACGUUAUAGAUCCUCAUUCGCCACACCCUGGCCUUCCUGAGGAUUUCGAUGAUGAAGAAAUCCAACCUCUCAUGUUCGAUUUGAUCGACACUAAUCAGGUGGCCAUUAUAAUGUCACUGAUUCCUCGACUGGAUGGCGUGGGGCGUUCAGUGCAAAGAGAGUUCUCAAUCCAUGCUGCUAGAAUGGGUUCUUCUUCCAUCCUGCAACUCUUUCACAGCCGUGGUCUACUCACAAGCGCUUUCAUUUUGAACAGUUCUCUAAACUGGAAGGCGUUUACUGAUCUAGCCUGUUAUGCGAUACAAAGUGAGAGUGUCAGCCUAUCAAAAUUCUUGCUCUCCUGGAUUGCCGCGCAAGAAAUAACGGUACAGGGAUUCGAGAAGGGGAAUUUUCAGCUGACGUUCAAGGACAUUCUGUGUACCAUUAUCGCAGUCAAGUCCCAGGAGCUUUUCAACUUAUGGAAAGUUGACCUGGCUACAGGGUUUGGUGUGACAGGGGCAGCUGCGGACGCUGCACAAGGGCUUGCAUUUCAAGGUGUUAUAGCGAACGCUGAUAAUAUCCCGAACUACGAACGCAUGCUACUCGAUAUUUGGGACGAGUUCGGUGUUCUGGAUGCACUAACACCACGAGAGCGAAGAAAGAUUCUGUCAAGAAUUGCUGACUCAAGUUGUUCCAUCAAUUUAACACAGUAUGCAUUGAAUCACGGCUGUCUAGUCGAUGAUCAGUAUAAUUCUGCAUGUCCAACCGCCUUACAUGUCGCAGCGAGGAAGACCACGCAAGAAGCAGCAAAGCUUAUGGAAUUCUUACUACUUCGAGGAGCAGACCCUAACAAAGGGACGAAAACAAAGAGUAUUGGGGACGAAAAAGGAGCACGGCAAGUCUCAAAAUGGCUUGGGCUGACUUGGGAACAGUUGGUUGAAAAGACUAAAGAGGAACGUCACAGAAACGAGAAGAAGGAAAAUCAGGAUCCCUUCAGUGACUGA